UAAACAAUAACAAAAGCGAUUCGUUCCUUUAAAAAUUUGAAAAAUUUCAAUAAAAUUGAAUACAAAUGCAAUAAAUCCACAAAAUCUCCGAUGGAAAUCGCUAAACUGCAAUGUCGUGCAUGUUUGAGUGCUGAAACCGCCACGCGAAAACACAAAUCUUUAUCAGAAAAUGGCUUAAGUGAUAUUUUCCGGGACUUGACGCAAAUUCAGAUUAGUGAAGUGUCAACAUUUACCAAAGUGUGUUUGAAGUGUGUCAAACAGUUGAAGAGCUUUUCCGAGUUUCGUGAACAGUGUCUCGAAUCAAAUAAAUAUUUUGAAGAUGUUCUUAAUAAUCCAACAAAGGUUUUAGUGAAAGAUGAAAACCAAGAUUUGGAUGUUGAAGUGAAAGAUGAGCCUGAAGUUCAUUCCGAAAGUGAUGAUAAACUCAAAAUUGAGCCUGAAGAAGAUUCUGAAUCCAAUGAAGAAAGUGAAGAUGAACCAUCAAAAAAGUCUAAAAACAUCACAAAACGAGGUCCAUACAAGAAAAAAUCCAAAAACAGCGAAGAAAAAGCAGUUCCCGCGCUUUUGUUUUGCAAAAAUUGUCCCGAUAAAAUUUUCACCAACAAAUACUAUUUUCGGCAACAUCUUAAAAGUCACAAUGAAGGUCCUUACGAAUGUCACUUCUGCGGUCGAAAAUAUCACAAAAAGAGCUUUUUGCAUGGGCAUAUCGACCGGAAUCACAUUGAAAAGGAUUUCGCUAAGAAGGGAGAUUUUGCGUGUCAUUUAUGUGAACGUCGCUACUUGACCGACUUCCGUUUGAAACAACAUUUGGGAAUUCAUAGACUGAAAGAGAAAGCUUGUCCCUUUUGUGGAAAGUUAACUCGACACUUGACAUCUCACUUAUUAAAACAUGAACAACCCGCCGAGCGAUUUCAGUGCGAUAAAUGUGAGAAAAAUUACAAAUCCGAGAAACAUUUGCAACUUCACGCGAUCGUUCAUGAAAACAAACUUUUUCCAUGUGCGCAGUGCGGAAAAGCCUUCAACACCCCCGAAAAAGUUCAAGCUCACAUGCGAAAUAUGCACAACCCGAAUAGACCAACUUUUGAAUGCUCCGUUUGUCAUAAACAUUUUUACUAUCGAAAGUACUUGACAGGUCACAUGCGAAUGCACACAGGCGAAAAACCCUAUCAAUGUUCAUAUUGCGACAUGAGUUUCGCGGUGCGGAAUAAUUUGACGAAGCAUUUGCAUGUGCAUAUGAAUACCAAACCCUACAUGUGUAAAUAUUGCAAUUAUGGGACACGGAGGAAGCCACAAUUUUUGGAGCAUUUGCGACAGAAUCAUCUGGAGGAACAAAAGUUGGAAGAGGCUGCUACUGUUCCUCCCGUGAUUGUUAGCAGUAAAGGGUAGUUUAGGAAAUUUUGAAAUAAAAAAU